AUGAGUGUAGAGAUCUUUAUUGCUGCAGCACCGCUACCGCUUGUUGUCAGCAGCAGCAGCAGCAGCGAAACGCAGUGGGCACACUCUCUAAGUAAAUGUCUUAACUGGAACCUAAGAAUAGGGCAGCAGCAAACAUAUCAAACUCAUAAACAGCAGCAGCAGCAGCAGCAGCAGCAGCAAGGGCAGCAGCAAGGGCAGCAGCAGCAGCAGGAAGGGCAGCAGCAACAGCAGCAAGGACAGCCGCAGAAAGAGCAGCAGCACUGUACACAGCACUCCACAUCCUGUCAUGCCUGCAACGCCAGUCUGCAGCUGCAGCAGCAGCAGCAACAGCAGCAGCAGCAGCAGCAGUGGUUGCUUCAUGGGGGCCCAUCAGAUACUCCACCCACACCUCUAAUGCUCGUCCGAAGCACAAAAGCUGCUGCUGCUGCUGCUGCUGCACCUGCACCUGAAGCCUCUGCAGCAGCAGCAGAACCUGCUGCUGCUGCUGCUGCUGCUGGAGAUUCAUAUCUGCAGAAGCGGGAAAUGCCGCAGGACUAUUCCGAUAGAAAUGCUGCAGCAGCAGCAACAGCAGCAGCACCACCUCCAGCAGCAACAGCAGCAGCAGCAGCAGAAAAAGCAGCAGCAGAUGAAAAUCUGCCCUCUGCAGGCUGCAGCACAAUCUGCAGCAGCGGGGAUGCGCUUGCAGUUGAAGAGCAGCAGCAGAAACAGCAGCAGCAACAGCAACAGCAACAGCAGCAGCAGCCCCCUAUACUCGAUCAGGCUGCUGCAGCAGCAGCAGUGUCUCCAUCACUAACAGCUGCAAAUGCCCUGCAAGGGAGCCCUUCUGGUGUUUGCUACUGCUGCUGUUGCCAGCCCAGCCACCGUCACAGCAGCAGCAGCUGCAGCAGAAGCAGGUGCAGCAGCAGCAGCAGCAGCAGCAGCAGCUAUGCCCGUAGUUGGCGUGGCUGCUGCUGCUGCCGUGGAGCGCGUACUGUUGAUGCUUCUAUGAGGGGCUCUGGGGGGGAAUGGGUUCCUGCAGCAGCAGCAGCAACAGCAACGGAAGCAGCAGCAGCAACAGCAGCAGCAGCAGCAGCAGGAAUGGGUGGCGGCAGCCCCAGGAUAUAUCGCGCCUUCCCCUUGAGGUCUUCGGCGUUCUCUGGAAGCAGCAGGCAGCAGCAGCAGCAGCAGCAGCCGCUGCUGCACCUGCAAGAGCGCCACUACUUGACAAGUGAAGAUACAGAGGGCGUCUGCAGCAGCAGCUGCAGCAGCAGCUUCAGCAGCAGCUGCAGCAGCAGCACCAGGAGGUUCCCUAGCUGCGGCGAGCUUAACCGAGUUCUUCAAGCUGAUGCUGCUGCAGCUGCUGCUGCUGCUGCUGCUGCGGCUGGCACCAGCUGCGCUCGUUGCAGCACGAAGCUGCCCCGCUCCCACAGAAUCUUUGCUCCUGUAGCAGCAGAUGCAGCAGCAGCAGAUACAGCAGCAGCAGAUGCAGCAGCAGCAGAUGCAGCAGGAGAAAUUGCAGCAGCAACCACUACUGGUCCUGAUAGAGGAGCAGCAGCGGCCGCAGCAGAGCAGCAUCAGCACAGCAGCAGCAGCAGCAGCAGCAGCAGCAGCAACAGCAACAGCUGCUGCUGCUGCUGCUGCCGUUCCCACCGGCGCUGCAGCAAAGCUGCUGGCCAUAGUCAUGAGGUUUUGCGGGGCAGCAGCAGCGCUUUCUUUAGACCUUUUAGUGAUGCCACCCCAACUGUGCAACUCGAGGCACAUAGCACAGCUGUGUUGUUGACUGACGUCUGCAGCAAAAAGCAGCAGCAGCAGCAGCAAGAGAAGCAGCAACAGCAGCACCAAGGGCAGCAGCAGCAAGGGCAGCAGCAAGAGCAGGAACCACAGGAGCAACAGGAGCAGCUGCGUGAGCGGAAGCAGCAGCAGCAGGAGCAGCGGCAACAGCAGCAGGAACAACUGCAGCAGCCUGAGGAGCAGCAGCAGCAGCAGGAAGAGAAGGCUGCACCACCUGCAGCAAAAACAAUUGAGGGCUGCAGCAGCAACAGCAGCAACUGCAGCACUUGA